GCUCAGUCUACCAUGUAUUGCUUGGACGCCGUGGACAUACCGUGGAAACUGCCAUGCGAUUAGCCUAGAUCCAUCUUCUCGAAGGGCUACCAGUCUACUACUGGUAUAUCACAAACGGUGUCAUACAUAUUCCCUGCCUAUCUCAACUCCAUUCUCCUUUACUCGAAUCGUUUCGUCACGCUCUUCAACCGGGAGGCGACCAAGCGGGCUUCCCGCCCCUGGUCUCGAUUGUCUCCCCACCAUGAAACCACCAACUCUUGUAGUAGGAAAUUCAAAAGAUCACUUCGACAUCAAUCCAAAUUAUACGUACCCGCUGCUCUAAACUUAAGCAGCCAACUAGGUAUAAAAGAUAGGGAGAUGCGGGAAAUAAAUGGAGAUGUUCAUUUCAACCAGCCCCCUAGGGAAUGGUUGGCAAAACUAGGCCGCAGCGGGGGGGGAGUCGAAGCUAUCCCUAUGAAUUUGCGAUCAUAUAUCACAUGGAGGAUGUGAAAGAGUUAAACAAACCCCAUGGCAACACCGCAUCACGAUUUCUGGUCCCGUAUCGCCUUUCCGUACAGAAAUGAUUUCGAAGUCGAACAGUCCGUGCGCCUUUCGACUAAGUCACAUGACUCUCGCGGCGAUCAAUUUCAGCUCAAGCAAUCCUUGAAGCUUGAUACAGAUACCCCAAUAUACACCCACCUCCAGCCUCCAGUAAUCAUGGAUCUCGUGGCAAGUAUUCGAAAGGAAGGCAGCCGUGGCGGCCGCGACUCCUUCAAAUGGUCCGAUGUCAAAACCUCCACCCACCGCGAAAACUACCUUGGCCACUCCCUGAUGGCUCCCGUCGGUCGAUGGCAGCAAAAUCGAGAUCUGUCCUGGUAUGCCAAGGGAGACAACGACCCCGAAGACUCCCCAGAAGAAGCCGCGGCGAAACGACGCACUGAGCGAGAGGAGGAGAUUAAACGCAUUAAGGAAGCUGAGCAGGAGGCGCUGGCGCGUGCGUUAGGUUUACCCGUCGCCCCCAAAAGCUCUCAAAAUGCAAAUAUGACGCCACUGGGUGGAAAAGAGGUAGAGCGGGCUAUUCAGGAGGCAAGUGCGGCGGACGGGGGAGCGGAGAAUGAUGACCGCCCCAGGGGCGUUGGGUUUGGGGGUUUUGGGGGUUUUGGGGGGAUGGGCGGGAUGAAGGCUGGAGAUCAGGAAGAUAUGAUGGAAGGGACGGGGUAUGAAAUGGUUGGCCCGGAUAAUGGGAUGGAGCGGCGUGGCAGGCGAGGGGACCGGACCCGAAGUGGGCGCGAUGGGGGUGGCGAUCGUCGAAGGAGAGGUGCGAGUAGGGAUCCAGAUCGAGGAGAACGAGAUAGAAGGAGUAGGAGACAUGAAAAAGAUGAUGAGCGCCAUGGAAGACGGAGACGCCGCUCUCGAUCUCCCGAUAGCGAUCACGGGGUAGUACAGAGGCGCCGCUCUAUAUCGGCUGAGAUGCGGAGGCAUCGUUCGAGGUCGGGAGAUAGGGCCUCUUAUACAAGAUAUCGACGAUCAUCUAGAUCGCGGAGUCGAGAUCGAAGGCGAGGGAGAAUGCGAGAGGAGAAAUAUCCCCGUCGUGAGCGGAGUUAUUCUCCCGCUGAGCGUCGUAGCCAUCAUGAUCAACGUUCCAGGCGAAAAAAUGACUAUGAUCGAAGGAGAUAAAAAAAAAAAGCCACACUUAUUAAUGAGAUAAUGAUGGCCUUUGGAAAUACACGGGUGGCAGGAGUUCGGCGCUGGUGUCUUUUACAAGAUUUAACAUAUGUUACAUUCAUCUUGCCAUAACCUUUAUAUGAUGGGUAUUAUCCCACCAAAAAACCACGAACCGUUCUAUAUCUAUAAAUAAAAUACCCUUUUUAGAUGAUCCUCUUACAAUUCCUCAUGGCGGGUCUUCUGGUCUGUGCUCAAAUCUGGCAUGACCAUCAUCUUGACCACUAAACUCGUCCAUCCGGUGAAAUGCUGUGUUCGUUGACCAGCGCCGGUCUCGGGAUUAUACUGCUCCCAUGCAAAACCAGUCUUUUUCCAUUGAUUAAACACAUUGUCGACAAUGUUCUUGCGGAGUUGGGUAUACAUCUGGCGUGCUUGUUCUUGAUGUGGACCAGAAACCGUGGCGACAUCCUGUUUUCCCAAGAAGGUUAGUAGUGUGCUCUUGCAGAGAGCUUCAGUCAUAAUAGAACUCCCAGAUCCGAUUUCGACUUACAAGGAGGUUCUUGAGAAUCAAGUAAUUAAUGUUAAUCCAGAUGGGACUCCUCCAAUAAUUCUCUCCUAUUCCAUAAAACUCAUCUUUUUUGCUCAGACUACGAAUACCGUAGUCACUCCACAGCUCCUCUGGAUCCUGGAUAAGAUCCAAAAUAGGACCCAGCCGCGGGCUAUCAGCGGGUACCAAGCCCGUCAUAAAUGGGAAAAGAGAUACAUAUCCCUUGUGACAGACAUGCACAUGCUCCUCAAACUCAUCAAUGGUCGCAUCGCAAUAAGUUUGAGCAUCUUUGUCCCAAUGGAGAUCAUCGAUAUUCCGAGUGAUCGCAGUCUCAUAUUCCUUAAAUUCUUGCACGUCGUCGGUUUCAUCCAAGGCUUCAGCAAUACGCCGAAUCGCACGGGUCAUCAUUCCCAUCCAGCUAAUCAAAUCUACAUGGAGUUCGCCAGGGUGGGGAGGCUGAGGUCUCGGGUAAUCAUCAAGUCCGGAUGUUAGAAUGUGCUGCACAGAUCGUCCUCGCCACCUGUAGGAUUCCUUCGUAGAGAAAGCUUCCCGAUCAUACGAUUUAAUGUCACCCCACUGUGUUUUCUUAAACCAGAAAUACUGGCGUUUAAGUAGAGGGUAGAUAGAGCGAAGAUACGAAAUAGCAAGCUCCGGGUGUUCCAAAUAUUCCGAGCGGAUAUCGGAGGGUAAACCGUGUGCCUCAGCUUGUUUCCGGUCGCCAUGCUUAUUUAAUGGGAUUCUCUCCACAAAUGCCUCGAUAAUCAUGAAUAAUGUUGGAGGAUUUGCAUAAUGUGGAUAUUGAACCUGAAAUUCCUGAGGCACCUUGCUACGGGCUUCGGAGCCUAAGAUCUGUUCGCGUGCAAUCCACCCAUCCUCAUCCAUGAGAUUGAACCAGCUCUUCGUUAUUUCCAAACUACCACCUAUUAGCAAUUGCCAUCAAAAUCCGGUUCAAUUAAAACGUACGUCAAGUCGAGGUCCCAAUCAAUAAUAGGGAUCAAGUGGAAUCCUUCAUCCCAGAGGAAGCCACGAGGGAAGAAUGGCCGGGACGGGAUACUUGUAAACAACUCCGAAGGGCCAACUAGGCUUGGCUCUGCCCGGGCUCGUGCUUGUUCUGUCUCUUCCCAAAACCCUUCAUUUUCCUCUUCGUAUUCCGGUGCAUUGGAUUGGUCGACAACUGAAUCACCGUAGAAAUAUCCGAUACCGCCAACCAAGUUCGAAAACAUGGCUUUCGAAAACUCCAUGUAUUUUGGCACGUUAAAGGGGGCUACGGGAGAAAAUAUCUUCUUGAACUUUUCAGAGAACAUGGCUGAAGCGGUUUUAAUCUCUUCGUCAAAGGUUCCGGCGACGAGCCAGACGAGAAAAGAACGUCGAACUUUCCAUUUCCACAGUCAGCUGGGGGGGGGGGUUCAGGGUGUGUAGCGUUAUAAACUACAUACCUCAAAUUGGCCCUGGAAGACCUUUUGCACGAAAUGAAUAUUCCCAACAUCGGGCUUAUUCGCGAUAGUAAAAAGUUGCGCAGGCGGAGGAGGAUUAUCCGUCCCUUGUUCUCUCAAAGUGGCUUCAACCUGUUCCUUCAAAUGGGCAAAAAGAAGCGCUUCAGACACCAGCAUUAACGUCAGCGCGAACAAGAUCUAUUCCUCAAUUCGUUUAUAAAAUAUAAAGUAUCAGUCAUACCUUUUGAUUGCCAGAAGCAUCAGCCUCGUUAGCGAAUUGCAAACUCCCCAGGCCUUCAAGCGCGGCGUAAAAGAUCAUCGUUGUUGCUUGGUCAGGGGACGCAUCCGGGCGAGGAGUACCCUUGAUACGUGCACCCCAAUUCCCUCCAUUGCUUCCGCCCGGAACCUUUAUAAAAUCGAUCGUGAGGUCUAUUGUGUUCCCCGCAUCGUGGAUCGUCUGCCUGCCUCCCUUGCGGAUAUCGUACUCAUCCCACCCAUAACCGGCCAUGCCCUCAUUUUGUUCGCAUGUAUGCCUAAGCUCUUAAGGAAAAGUUAGUACGGCACAAGCAAUUUAGGGGGUUUCCCUCGCAAUUCGGGUCUACCUACUGUGCUGUACAGGCUUAUAGUCGUCCAUCUGCGCCCACAUUAAGCCCAUAAGCAAACUCUUGGGAAUCCGCGGGCGGACACCAAAAUAUAAAUUUGGCCUAUACGGGCCCCAUAAUAGCGAUUCAUUGGAGGCUCUCCGUACCUCAUCUGCCAAUAUCGAGACAUCGUCGUUGGGAGCUAGCGAGCCCUUGUCCGCAACCGCGAGAGGCGCUAUGGAGAGUAGCGAAACUAAGAGAGAUCGCAGAGCUAGCACCAUUGUCUCUGAAAAUGAUACAGAAAUUUAAACCAUUGGUGCAAAAUACUGGAAAUUACAACUGUUUGUAGUUUCUCACAGCGUCCGCGGGGGAGAGGUUGGUUGAACUGGGCAGGGCAGAUGGCGAUGCGCGAUAUGGCUAUAUCUGUCCGAUUGGCCGGCGUUGGAGGCUGUUGGUCCGAGCUUCUGCACCAGCUCCAACUUCUAGGAAACACGCGGCCAGACCUAACUAAAUCUCCUCUGCAAUUUAAGUUACUACAAUACCCAUGGAUAGGAGUAAAAAGGCAACUUGUGAUGUCGGCUGAAAUGAUUGCUCCGUUGGUCAAAUCUGCGUGAGUUAACUCGGUUUGAGCUGGCAAGGUUGUGAGGGGUGGGCACGUGAUUUGCUAGGGCCUUGGGCUUAAAACUUAUCUCAGCGGGCUCAGACCCUCUGGCUCGGUUUGAACGGGUU